AUGAGCGAUCCUCUACCUAUCCGUAGCCCGCUGAAUACCAACAGUAGUAUCAAAGAUUAUUCCUACACCUCACCCUUAUCGGCAACGGGGUCGGAUUUUCCCUGCAAGGGCUACGCUCGCGAUCCCUUCGACUCAGUUGCUGAGUAUACAGCCGGACAGGAAUAUGCAAUCACUCUAGCCGGAACCGCUACUCAUGGCAGUGGGUCAUGCCAAAUUUCUUUGUCAUAUGACAUGGGUGAGACUUUCCGUGUCAUCCACUCCAUCCUCGGCCACUGCCCGGAACCUCUCCACUAUUCCUUUCGAAUCCCAGAAGACGCACCAUACGGGCCCGCCCUGCUGGCAUGGACCUGGUUCAACAAGAUUGGAAACCGGGAAAUGUACAUGAAUUGCGCGCAAGUGACAAUUCAGUCUCCUAAAACAGAUGUCGGGACGCUGCAGGGAGAGACGCAGCAGGCUUCAUGGCUGGAGCGGCCUCCCAUCUUUCUCGCCAAUAUCAACGGCGAGGGGCACUUCCCGAUGCCGGGUGAUAGUGUCGAGGGCACCGUUCCAGGGACUGGGUAUACAUGCAGCAGCUCGGCUACCUUUCUAAGCAAGGUUGCCAGCUCGCGUUCUUCGAUGGCAUCUUUUAUCACCCCGCCAGUUCUUACAACGCCUAGGCCCGAGAUCACGCCACCAGGAGGAAGCACACUGAGCACAAAAUCGGUAUUUUACACGAUCACUGAGAAGAACUCUACUUCAUCCACGAGUUACACCGAUUCUACAGGGAUAAGAUAUUCGACAGGAAUUGGCAGUACGCCCGUUAUAGCUGGGAAUUCCUGCACACCUGGAGGCAGACAAGCGUAUGUUCCCACUGCAGAAAGAGGUAUGCUUGAUCAGUCCGGCCAGGGUGCUGCCGCGAUCGAUGAUGCGCUUACGUCACUAUCAGAGAUGGCUACAGUGACGUCCAUUUUUGGGAUAUUCGUGCUGGUGGCUGGAAUGUCACCGGAGCCAAGCAAUGAUGUUCCCCGGCGCCAGGAGUAUCUCCCCGGAGUUACUAUCUUCAAUUAUCUUGCUAAGGAUGUCUUUGCAUGGUCGGUCUCUAACACAACUGGCCCAAUGACGGUGAUUCCCCACCAGGAACAGUAUUUUGAGUCGUGGAGAACCAGGGUGGAUGGUGGUGGUAUUUCAAUCAAACUAGCCACUGAGCCAAGCCAACGCAGCGAUGUGUCAUACAUUGACCUGGACUAUGAUUCCGAUCUUUUCCAACAUAAUAUAACGGUGACCUCCAAUGACCCUUCUUGUCCAGUGGUGAGCUGCGCUGCUGGGGUCUAUGAUUGUCAUGAUGUUUACCUGCACCCGGAUGACAACUACGCUACGCAUGGGUGUCCAGUACAAACACAUCUUAAAUUGUCUAUUGGUAGCAGUGGUUCAUAAGUGAAACACAUAG